GACUUAAUUCAUUCUCACAUCCUCACUGGGGCUGAAAGAUCAAACCAACCACCAAGAAGAAGAAGAAGAAGAAGAAGAAGAAGAAGAAGAAGAAGAAGACGAAGAAGAAGAAGAAGAUGUCUAAACCACUGCUCCUCCUGGCUGCUCUCCUUCUCUGCUGCUGCAUCAGCUCCCUGCAGGCAUUUCCGAGACAAGGGUGUAACUGCAUUCGAACGGUCUCCAGUCCCGUUCCUCUCAGGACCAUCAUGAAGGUGGAGGUGGUUCCUCCAUCAGGACGGUGCCGCUGGGUUGAACGAAUAAUCACCAGGAAAAAUGGCUCUAAAGUGUGCAUCGAUCCAAAGGCCACAUGGUUCCCACAACUUCUCAGCCUCUUGGAAAAGCAGAAGAUCAACUCAGCCACUCAGAUGCCCCCUGCUUCUACGACCUUCUGAUCACAUAAUCUGCUGCAGAACGUUCCUCUGUAACUCCUUCUUCAGCUUUGUUUUAGUUUAAUUAUGCCAUUUGUAUUAUAAAACAAUCUUAAUGGAGCCAUUUCUAUCCACUUCUACUGUACUGUUGUAUCGUUUGAAGUCUGUUUUGUUGUUGGAGCUCAUCCUAAAACACAACUGUGAACAGAAGCUGCAAAAUGAAAGCUGAUUAGUUAGAAAUGUACUUAACCUGGGAUUCAAUGUGAAAUGUGCAUCAUCUCCUUCUGUAAUGUCUAAUAAGCUUAUGAUGUGUUUAGUUUAAUAAAGAAAUAAAGAACAGACAACAAG